AUGCUGGAGCCGCGGUGCAUCUCGGUAGGAGCAGGUCUCUACGACAAAUGCUUCUACGCCUCCAGUGACAGAGGGUGGCUGCUGGGCAUUCAGGCGGUCAGCGAGUACGGAAACAGAGACCCUCGCUUCUUCUUCUCCCUCAAGACCGACCGAGCGCACAAAGUCACCUCCGUCCACGCCAACACCCGCUACACCCCAAACCAAUGGGUCCACGUGGCCAUCACCUACGACGGCGUCUACAUGAAGCUCUACGUGAACGCCGCCCAGGUGGGGGUCAGCCGCGAGCAGUCCGGAGACGUCUUCAGCCACCUCACCAAAAAGUGCAAGGUCUUGAUGAUCGGAGGCAACGCCCUGAACCACAACUACAGAGGAGCCGUGGAGAGGCUGGGUCUGUGGAGGUACGCCCGAGCCCAGAGGCAGAUCAUCAAAGACAUGCAGGGCCACGAACACCCUUUGGAUCUACCUCACCUCGUCAUCCGUGAAACCUUCGAGCACCCGGAACGCAAGUGGCUCACGGUGAAAGACGGGACCUUUCCGCAGCCGGAACGUGGGAGCGUGGGGAAGGUCGUCGGCGGCGUUUUAGGGACUAGCAUGACCAACAUUGAAGGCUUGCUAGACACAACACUGGAACCUCCUCCUUGCGGGCAGACUGUGUGCGAUAAUCUUCAGGUUAUUAAGAACUUCAACCAGCUUUGGACUUUCAGGCGUCCCAAAAAGGUGCGGUACAGAGUGGUUAACAUCUGGGACAAUCUACAAAAGCGGCCCACAGUCACGGACCAUCAGAUUAGCCUCCAGCAUCAGCAGCUCAACGACGCCUUCAGUCCCUACAACAUCACCUGGGAGCUCAGCAUCCACAACGUCACCAACUCGUCCCUUCGCCACCGCUUGAUUCUCGCCAACUGCGACAUCAGCAAAGUCGGGAAUGACGUGUGCGACCCUGAAUGUAACCAUCCUCUGACCGGGUACGACGCCGGGGACUGUACCCUGGGGCACAGAGGCAGGUGUCCGGAGCACAAGCAGGGGAACGGCAUCUGCGAGCCCGAGUGCAACUGGGAGAAUUUCAACUUUGACCUCGGGGAUUGCUGCGAUCCUGCACUGACCGACGUGACCAAGACCUGCUUCAACCGCACCUCUCCGCACCGAGCGGUCACUCUGUGCUCCCAGAGCAGUCACUCUGUGCUCCCAGAGUCACUCUGUGCUCCCAGAGCGGUCACUCUGUGCUCCCAGAGCGGUCACUCUGUGCUCCCAGAGCGGUCACUCUGUGCUCCCAGAGCGGUCACUCUGUGCUCCCAGAGCAGUCACUCUGUGCUCCCAGAGCGGUCACUCUGUGCUCCCAGAGCGGUCACUCUGUGCUCCCAGAGCGGUCACUCUGUGCUCCCAGAGCGGUCACUCUGUGUUCCCAGAGCGGUCACUCUGUGCUCCCAGAGCAGUCACUCUGUGCUCCCAGAGUCACUCUGUGCUCCCAGAGCAGUCACUCUGUGCUCCCAGAGCGGUCACUCUGUGCUCCCAGAGCGGUCACUCUGUGCUCCCAGAGCGGUCACUCUGUGCUCCCAGAGUCACUCUGUGCUCCCAGAGCAGUCACUCUGA